AUGCCGCCGAGAAGCGCAUUGAUCAGUAGCGCUAUCCUUUCUCUUGCUUCCCAAGAAAGUUUGUAUCCCAAAGAGCAGAGUCGAGCCGGGAGGCGUGCAGGGACGGGGCCGCUGAGAGCCCGAGACCGGGAUUGCCCUGCACAAGACCCCAGCCGCCCAUUUGCUGGGACUCUGCGAGGAGCCAUGGAAGAUCCUUUCAGCCUAGACAGAUUUCCCCCGGUACUCAACCUCUCGAGUGCCCUGCAGCCAGGCUGGAACCUGAAUCUCUCCUCCUCCCCCGGGGACCGGCGCUGGCCUUCCCUUAGCCGGCAGGUGCGGGUGAUCUCCGCGACCGCCAUCCUGCUGCUGGGGCUGCUGGGCAAUUGCCUGGUGCUGCAUCGCCUCUGCUGCUGUGGCUGCUGCGGCCGGGGCAGGCGGCGGCGGAAGAUGGAUUUCCUUAUCGCCCACCUGGCGCUGGCCGAUCUCUACGGCUGCGGGCUGGCCCUGCUCUCGCAUCUAGCGGCGGAGCUGUUGGGGGCCGCCUGGCCAGCGGGGGACGCCGCCUGCCGCCUGCUUAAGCUACUGCAGGGCUCCGGCCUCCUGGCCUCGUCCAACGUGCUGGUGCUCAUCGCCAUGGAGCGGCACCACGUGGUGAGGCGGCCGGCGGACCCGCCGCUGCCCGCCCGGGCCCUGGCCGCGCUGGGCUGGCUGCUGGCGCUGCUGCUCGCCUUGCCCCAGGCCUUCGUCUUCAGACUCGCCUCCCGCCCCGGGGGCAGCCGCUGCCUCAGCAUCUUCGAGCAGCUGCCGCGCUGGCACGGCCAGGCCUACGGCGUGUACGGGGCCGUCACCGGCUUCUUGGCGCCCGUCAGCCUGCUGUGCUGGGCCUACGGCCGCAUCCUCCUCGCCCUCUGGGCCGCCCAGGAGAAGCCGCCCGCGGCGCGGGGGGAAGGCGGCAGCGGCCGCCCGGGGCGGCCGGCCGCGCGGCCCCUGCUGCUGAGGCUGCCGGCCGCCAGCUAUCCCAUGCCGCGGGCUCGGGUCAAGACGCUGCAGCUGACGCUGGUGCUGAUCGCCCUGUUCGCGCUCUGUCGCCUGCCCCGCUUCGUGCUGGAGCUCAGCAUGGCCUUCGGGCCCGGCGGGGAGGCGCCGGCCGCGGCCGGGCUGCGGGAGGCGCGGGCCGCGCUCGGCAUCGUGGCGGUGACCAACAGCGCGCUGAACCCCUACGCCUAUCUGCUCUUCCAGAGCCACCGGCCCUGGGCGCGCCGUCUGCAGAGGAGCCUCUGCAGUGCGGGAUCCGGCCCGACCUGCUGCUGCCCCGGCCCCGAGGGAGAGCCCCGCCGCCGGCCGAACCACCGCGCCCCGCACAGACACCGCCCGAAGGACGGGCCGCCCCCCGGAGCGCAGCGCGCCGCGUUCUGCACCCCAGCGCCGCCGCCCGCCUCAGGCACCCGGGAGCCUGAGGACACCUUCGCCUGUGAGAGCGGCUUCUAA